GCUGACGGUCGUAUCUGGAGAGAGGGUUGAUCACCAGGUGAAAAGGAAACGCCGUGCACGUCACUUCCAGGGCUCCGUGUACGUCGAUCUUUGCAGUGAAAUACAUUCGCAAAAACCUCGAACUUCUCGCUGUUCUGGUGACGUCACAAAGCAGCGUGGAAGUGGCUGCAGUCGCAGCGUUGAUGAAUGAGGGCGGAGUUUGCUCGGCCUCUAUUGGUCCCACAGUGGGGGAACGUUUUGGGCUGCACACCACGUACGGCAAGGGCCAGACAUCAGACGCAACACCUUCACCUGCUGUGUGGCCUUUGCUGCUCCACAUCAAAACACUCACCAGCGUGAGCCACCCCGAUGACUCGGGUCACCGGGUCUGCCAACAGGAUGGGGAUGCAGUCGGCGCCCGGAGCCGCCAGAACCACGCCGGCCCGGUCCGUCACCAUGGCGUCGAACCGUUCUGGUUCAUCUCGUCCCAGAACCCAGACCCUGUUGGAGUGUUCCACCUGGAGCAGGUCAGAGGUCACUUAAGUGAGGGAGCCACACUUGUCUCUCAGUCCUUGUGAGGACCUCUGCCCCAGAACACAUGACUCACCAGACUCACCCGGACCCAGUUAGAACAAACCACUUCCACUGUGGAUUUAACCCUCUAAACCUUGUGAGGACGUCUGGCCUCUCAAGACUUGGUGCUCGCAAGUAUGGCAAAACAAGCCCCCACCCAACACGCACUUCAUCAAGUCGAGUCUUCAUCCUCAAACACACGCACCUUGAGCAUGAGCAGGGGCCUCGGGUGGAAGCCCGCGUGGAGCGCCAGGCGCCGCUGGUUCUCCUGCACCACGGCAGGAGGGUCUCGGCGCUGGCGGCUGCUGAAGAGGUUGAGAGCCGACAGCGUGGCGAUGUCAGUGACGCCUCCGGUCCUGCAGCUGAAGCCAUGGCCGAAGAGGUCUGAAAAACAGCGGGUGGAAGGUUCUUCAGGAGGCUGCAGCCUGUCCCAGCCCUCAUGGGCGCACGCAGAAGCAAGGUGGCACCGGAGGCUUCAGGAGCCUGACCCCGCUCAGCCUGGAGCACCGGCUGCACACCUGGCGUGUCACUAAAGCGCUGGUCCGCCUCAGCGACAAAGGCAAGACAGAGAUUUCUGGCAGAACUGGGGCACCUGGGAUGAGCGACGACGUCAAAACCGAGACGGGACCCUUCAGAGCCGGCAACUCGUGCAGGUACUCGGCCACUUCUUUCUCUGCAUCCGGUUCUACCUGGGCUGGUCGGUCCGGGUGGGCGUGGCCCGAGCAGCUGGCGCACUCCACCAGGAAGGAGAACUCGUACACGUCCGUGAAGAGCAGCGACAGGUACCGACGCAGCCGGUCCCGUCCCCGCGGGCUGGUCACAACCUGGACCGACUUCAAGUCCAGCUGGUCCAGAAUCUGCUUCAAGCGGAACAAGCCCUCCGCGGUGGACUCGCAGUCCAGCACGCGCGCGCUCCCCGGCGGCUUGUUCAAGUCCCGCUCGUGUUUCCCGCGCAGCAGGAAGACGCGCGCGUCCGUGACUGACAGGCCUCGCGGGGACGCGCAGCAGCCGUGUACCAGGUCCAGCAGCAGAGCGUCGGCCAUGUCACAGCAGCGCAGUCUUUCUGGCCGGACCAGACCGAAGUCCCGCCGGGGAGAAUCCGGACUCUCGGCCACGCCUCCGGUGGCCAGACACGCCCAGCUGGAAACCCCGAGGAAAUUCCUUCCAGCAGAACCGCGGCGGCCAUGACAGCCAAACGCACACACCGUGAAGACAUAGCGACAUCGAAUGAGUUUUCCAGGAAUCGUGAUCGUAGGAAACGCACGCGCGCGCGCGCGCCCACCCGCAGCGAACAUGCAGGCGUUUGGUUUGUAUGCUUUUAUUUUGAAGGACCGCGUGCGAGGGGAAGUGUCCGGAUCAGGCGGUGUGGAGUUUGUCCGUCAGACUCCUGGCGACACGAAGCCCUGGCACUGGGACUCUCCGACCCAGUCCAGGUCCACUUUUCCUCCACGGCGGACUGUUUCGGAGCAAGUGCAAACACACCCUGUAGCGCUGCUUUGGGGUCACAAAACACACUAGAUCGGCAUCAGCUCAAAGAAAGGCCUGCUCGCACCUGCAGCGCCGCUUCCCCAAAGUUCGGUUGCUUGAUCUGAGACCGUUGCGAAAACAGAAACGACUGACCUGACACGUAAAAACUUGCGCCCCCUAGUGUUCACCACCGAAAACGUUCUCGCGUUUGGAUCGUUUCAACGCACACGCACACCCUCGUCCUUACGAGUAUCAGAACCGAGCCCAGCUAUGCUGAAGGUUUCACCCUCACUUCUGGGCUAAACCGAUCCUGACGAACCCACAUGUCCUCACAGAUGAGCCAGCCCCGCACGCGCACUGACUGCGGCAGCGAGAUACAACUCCGGCGUACAUUUUCAAUGACCAUCGACUCAGUCAGUGGCACGUGUUAGGCUCGGGUCAGACUGGUCUCGCUGUGCCGAUGAAGGUAGCUAAACACGUGUUUGGCGGAGGCUCGUCCACAGCGACGGCAGCGCGUCUUCACUCUUCUCUUUGCUGCUGUGCUCGAGCGUUCUCACGCGGCUGCUGCACUUCCUGCUCAGGAGCCGCUGGUUCCACUUCGAACAAGUCCAACCGGCAUUUGGUGACGUCACAGCACCAAGUAGAACUGUGCUUGAGCAGCCAGCAGGUGGCGGGAGAGAUCGACGCGCUCGUGUUGUGUUGUUUGCUGAGAACGUGUCAAUCUUCUUCCGCUAAACGCGCGCCGUUUUUCUCCUCAAAACACACUCUCCCUCUCCCUCUCUCUCUCUCUCCCUCUCUCUCUCUCCCUCUCCCUCCCCCUCUCCCCCCCUCCACCCGUCGCUUCAUCCUCACGGAACCUGCUCGCGCACGCGCUGCUCGGGAAUGCGCCUCGGGUUCUUCUGUCGCGGGAGAAGCAGCGAGGGCAGCAGCAGUCCGGCAUCAUCGGCACCGGAACCCGAGCGGAACCGACACCGGCGAACGUCCAGCGGGCGAUCGUCUCCAGCUCAUCCGCUGGCUGAACUCUCGUCUGACGCAGGAACCUCUCGCCCGUGCUUCCUGCCAUGACCAGCGCCGAGGGUGUGGGGCCCCUGGGCCCGGAGCAGAGCCAGCUGAGCGUCUCCAACCCGGACCCUGGAGUCUGGACCGGCACCAUCAGCAACCUGACUCUGCUGGGCCUCAGUGGACAGCAGCUGCUCCCAGAGUCUCUGUGUGGGUUGGACGGGGGUCUGGGUCUGCUGGGGUCCAUCAACCCCACGGUGUCAGGCCUCAGCCUGGUCCCGGCUCCUCCCACGGCGCCCGACCAGCCGUUGGUGAAAGAGAUCCUCCAUUGCAGCAGCUGCACCCUCUUCCCCCAGAACCCCAACCUGCCCCCCCCUUCCACCCGCGAUCGGCCCCCUGGCUGCAAGACGGUGUUUGUGGGCGGUCUGCCGGAGAACGCCACGGAAGAGGUCAUCGAGGAGGUCUUCAGCGGCUGCGGUGAGAUCGUGGCCAUCAGAAAGAGCAAGAAGAACUUCUGCCACAUCCGCUUCAGUGAGGAGUUCAUGGUGGACAAAGCCCUCUUCCUGUCCGGGUACCGCAUGCGCAUCGGCUCCAGCACGGACAAGAAGGACUCGGGCAGGAUCCACGUGGACUUCGCUCAGGCCCGCGACGACCAGUACGAGUGGGAGUGUCGCCAGCGGCUCCUGGCCCGCGAGGAGCGCCACCGCCGGCAGGUGCAGGAGGCGCCCCCUGCUGUGGCGCACUACAGCGAGCACGAGGCUGCCGGGGUGGCUGACAGGCUGAAAGAGGACCACAAGUUCAGCGAGGCCACCACCGUGCUCUUCACCUGGAUCGAGCGCGGCGAGGUCAACCGCCGCACCGCCAACCACUUCUACUCCAUGAUCCAGUCGGCCAACAGCCACGUGCGGCGCCUGCUGAGCGAGAAGGCCCAGCAGGAGGAGGAGCUGCAGCGCGCCCGCCAGGCCUUCACGCGCGCCCUGCUGGACAUCCUCCGCCAGUUCGAGCAGAUAUCGGCAGUCUUCUCAGCCGCCACCAGACAGAAGGCCUGGGAUCACUUCUCCAAAGCUCAACGCAAGAACAUUGACAUCUGGCGAAAGCAGUGUGAGGAGCUGAGGAGUGCCCACAGCGAGGAGGUGACCUGCAUCCGGAGAGAGGAGGAGAUGGACGUGUCGGACGACGACGACGACCGGACCCCCUCCAAAAAGACGAGGGUGGACAAUGGAGUGAGCGAGCACACGCCGGCGUCUCUGAGGGAGGAGAACGACUCCUUGCGCUGUCAGUUGGAGGCCUACAGGAACGAGGUGGACCUGUUGAGAAGGGAGCAGAACAAGUCGGGCUCAGAAGACUCGCACACCCUCCCCCCCACGGGGAGGCUCCUGCAGCAGGAGCUGCUGAGUCUCCAGGACCAGCUGAGCAGCCGGGAGGCAGAGCUGGAGGAGGCGCGUGAGGAGCAGCGCUACCUGCAGGAGGAGCUCCUGGCCCUGAGGGACCGGCUGCUGAAGAGCAAGGCCCCCACCGAGGGACCCAGCGCUGACGCGCCCGAGGUGAGAGCCAGGAGCCGCUCUGGUCCAGAGUCUUGGUUCAGGGGGCUCACAACAGAUGGAGAGACGUGGCCGUGUGUGUGUGUCCGCCAGGGUUCCGUUCCCAUGUUGCUUCACGGGAGAGAGCGGAGGAGUGAGGCCGCCAGGAGAGGAGUGCUGUCGGAGAAGGAGGCGCUGCUCCUGGGGGUCAUGUGCACCUUCCUGCACGUCCAUCCCUUCGGGGCCAAUCUGGAGUAUCUGUGGUCCUACAUGCAGAGACUGGACCCCAAGGUGUCGGCCGGGCAGCUGGAGCGCCUCAUGGUCCGUCUCCCCGCCGUCUUCCGCCAGGAGCUCAGCGGCGUCGGUGCCACUCUGGAGAAACGCUGGAAGUUCUGUGGCUUCCAGAACUUGAGUCCGGUUCUGACGGAACCCCCUGUGCGUGACCGACGCGACUGCCGAGGCGGACUGGACCAAUAAAAGGACUUUUUCUGAGUCUGCCUUGUGUUGUUGUUGCGCUGCGCCGCUGCGUGUGUGAGCCUGCAGCGCGCCCUGCCGGUGGCAGAGGGGAACUGCUGUCCCGCAGGAACGGAAACGUCCCGUCAUCGUCGACCGAGUGCAAGUGGACGCGACGUCAUGGUGACGGGAGACACUGUAGUCACUGACUCGAGGCUGAACCUUGUGGGGCCCGGUCAAAUGCGCCCGAAGUCAUAUGGUCCUC